AUGACACUCUUUAAUUCUUUAAAGGAGAAAUUUGAGAAAAAGGAUUUCACAAAAGAAAUCAUUCUAAGCGAUGCACUUAAUGUUGACAGGAGAACCAUCUAUAGAAAUAGGGUCAAUUAUGGGGUCAAUCUAGGUUCUUUAUUCGUUCUAGAGUCCUGGAUCUAUGACGACCUAUUCAAUGAAGUAGGAGGUGGUAAUUCCGAGUUUGAAGCGGUAUCGAAAUGUAUAACUAAAUUUGGUAAUAAUGGUACUGCAGACAGAUUGAGACAACAUUAUGAAAGCUAUUUACAAAAGAUUGAUUGGAAUUUUUUACGCAAUAACGCCAAUAUCACAUCGAUAAGAGUACCUAUUGGUUACUGGCAUGUCAAUAAUGGCUCAUUUUUGAAUGGAUUACCUUUCCAACCAGUUGCAGGUGUCUAUGCUGCCGCAAAGCCAUGGGAUUACGUUAAACAAUUGAUUACUACUGCCUCAAGAUACAAUAUUAGUAUACUAGUAGAUGUUCAUGGAUUACCAGGUGGUGCAAAUAGUGAAGCUCAUAGUGGUAUGAUUCAAAACCCAGCAGUUUUCUUUAGAACUCCACGUUAUGUUAAUAAAAUGUGUGAUGAAAUUCUUCCAUUUAUUACUAGAGACAUAUGUGUUCCUUAUGAAAAUAUCGCAGGUUUACAAAUUGUUAAUGAGGCUUAUUUUGAUAAUACUGCAAAUGAUAUGAAAAACUAUUAUGCUCGUGCCGUUAGUAGUAUCUCUAAGAUUGAUAAUAAUUUACCAGUUGUUAUUUCAGAUGGUUGGUGGCCUCAACAAUGGUCAGAUUGGGUCUCCGCUAACAAUUUAGCUUAUAAUGUUGUAAUAGAUUCCCAUAUAUACCGUUGUUUCUCAAAUGAGGAUAAGAAUAAAGAUGCAGGAACAAUCAUAAAUCAACUACCACAGACGGUAUCAUUUGAUAAAGGUAAAGCAGAUUUUGUCGUUGGUGAAUUCUCAUGUGUAUUAGAUGAAGAGACUUGGAAACGUACAAAUGGUAACCGUAACGUAUUUAUUUCAAAUUUCGGUACUAUGCAGACAAGCAUUUUCCCCAAGAUGGCAAGCUUUGGUUGGUAUUUUUGGACUCUACAAUUCAAAUGGGGUGACGGUGGUGAAUGGGGAUUUAUACCUCAGGUCUCAAAGAAAAAUUUACAAUUAAGAUCCAAGACAGUUAAAAAUAUAGAUCAGAAUACUGUUAAUAAGAUAAUUGCAGAUCAUAUUCAAUAUUGGAAAGGGAAAGGUGAUAGAUUUGAACAUUGGAGAUUUGAAGACGCUAUAAGACAAGCAGUUCAAGAUAUUCAAGGAUUUAACAGUUUAGCUAAUUCAAAGAUUGGUAGGUGGAAAUCUUGGACUUUAAGAAGAAGAAGAGAGUACAUUGCCUCUAAAGGUGAUAGCAGUUUUAUGUGGGAAUGGGACCAAGGAUAUCAACGUGGUCUAGAUGAAUUCAACAAAUAG